AUUAUAUCAUAGACUGACAAUACUACUGCCAAACAACCCCAUAUCCAACCUUCUUUUAUCCUCAUCCCAAAACCACGCACCAACAAUCCCCAAGAAAACAAACAAACUCACACCUCCAACCCACCAGCAAACACCACACACCAAACAAACCCCCCUCCACAAAAAAGAAAAGCCAGAAAAGAAAAGAAAAAAAAAAGAAAAUAAAAAACACAAUGUGCACCUACACGACGCACAUCCGCAUCUGCGCCCGCUGCGCCCGCGAGGACACGGUGCUCAUCUCGGAGCAGCUGUGCCUGGCCGCCCGCGCCUCGGGCAUCUUCGGCAGCUGCCUCGAAGGGGUCUGCGGCCAGCGCGACGCCACCGCCUGCCGCUGCUGGCAGUGCCGCGAGGAGGACCGCGAGGGUAGUGGUGGUGGUGGUGGUGGUGGUGGUGGUGGUGGUGUGAGGGUCCGCGCUGCUUGGGUGGCUGCUGGGGUUGGGGGGAGGGCGGCGGGGGCGGUUGGGAGGGCCGCUGCUGCGGGAGGGGGAGGGGGGUGGGGGGGGAGGAGUGGUGCUGCUGCUACUGCUGCUGCUGCUGCUGCUGCUGGGGGGAGGAGGGUUGGGGGUGGGAGGGUGACGACGGCGGCGGUGGUUGGGGGGGUGGCGGUUGGAGGGGGUGGGAGGUGGAGGUGAAGGGUAUGGGGGUUGUGAGUUCUUUCCCUUAAACCGCAAAGUACCUACCCUUGGUUUCUUGUUGUUCUCAU